AUUGACGCCAAACUCGUGCGCCACACGCGUCGAUGCAACGGCCGCGAAGUCUGCUCCUGCAUGCUGCGCGUGGAGAGCGCCUACUUUCAGAAGAACCUGGUCGGAAAGGCAGCCGCCAAGAAGCGCCGAGCGGACACCAAGGCUGCACUCAAGCUGCACAUUGCUGCGUUCCUGCCGCCUAUUGCGCUCGGUCGGUUGGGAAUGGCAAACAAAGCUUUCCGGCACGACGUGGAGGUCAUGGCCAAGCAGGCAACGGGGGAAUUUAUGGCUGAAGCUGAGCAGGGCAAGCUGCUCAAGCAAGAGAAGCCCAAGGCGACUGAGUCGUGGUCACAAUUCAUGCACAACCAAAUGACGUGUGUGCACAAGAUCUUCGUCUACUACACAGGCUACAAGACAGGAGCGAUGAGACAGCAGUUCCCGCACUGGGCGUUUGGCACUAUCUGUGUGGACCCGAACGAGCCGCAUCGGAUCAUCCUGCCGAACACGUGGACAUUUCAUGGUCAUAACCCAUGGCUUCAGCGGCGCGGGAACGGAAAAGACGGCGAGUGGCUGUUGACGAAGAAGUACGCGGCGGAUAAAGCUCCAAAGGACUUCUUGGAGCACGUCAAAACGUGGGCAAGCUCCUUACGGCCAGGCUCGAUGCUAGCAAUCGCAUAUCAGAAUGUUGGAUCACAGGAACCAGCGUGGUGGGAGGCGCAAGCGUGGUAUAUAUGGCGGGGUGACGGCAAGCAAUACCCUGCAAUCGUGUACGAUCCUGAGACGGAUACCCGCACAGAAAUCCACCCCGACGAUCUGGUUGAGCACUUCAGGACACACCCGUUGCACGUGAUCGACGUGUCAACCAAACCCGGCGCACUAUGCCGACGGUGCACCAUUCAGAACAGGACGUUCAAAUACUGUCACGUGGACAAAGGCCACCCCAUGCUG